AAACAAUCGGGUUAGGACUGUCAACCUCACAUGACGCAGAGAAGCCGACGUGAAAUGAUGAAUGCAAAAGUUGUAUUGACAGUUACUUUGUUAGCUUUGACACUGUCUGUAAAUUCAAAACAUGGACAGGGCACAGGGCAUGCAGGCUGUGUUUUGAAGGCGUUUGGUGACAAUGCGUAUGUCUGUGUUUGUAAUUCAAGCUACUGUGACACCGUGAAGAACACAGAGCCACAGAAAGCUAGCAAGGGAGGUUACUCCAUAUAUCGCUCAGACAUCACAGGAAACCGUCUACUUCAUAGUUAUGGGAAUGCCAGCAAACAGAAACAAGGAAUAGAAAUUUUAGUGAAUCAGAACACGACAUACCAGUCCAUCAUUGGGUUUGGUGGUGCCUUUACUGACGCUGCAGGAAUCAACAUCCAAUCCUUGUCUGCUAAUGCACAAAGGAACUUGCUAGCAUCUUACUAUUCCACAGAAGGUAUAGAGUAUUCUCUUGGAAGAAUCCCUAUGGCUAGCUGUGAUUUUUCAACUCAUCCAUAUUCCUAUGAUGAUAAUGAUGGAGAUUUUAACUUAACGAAAUUCUCUUUAACGACAGAGGAUUACAAGUAUAAGAUUCCAAUCAUACAGGCUGUAAUGAAGACAUACAAGAAGAACUUAACAUUGUUUGCCAGUCCUUGGAGUGCUCCAGCAUGGAUGAAAACAAACAAAAACAUGACAGGGAAGGGGUCCCUGAUUGGCAAGCCAGGCGGGCCUUACUUCAAGGCCUGGGCCUUGUAUUUUACAAAGUUUUUGAAGACUUAUGCACAAAAUGGUAUUCCAAUUUGGGGUGUGACAGGACAGAAUGAGCCUACAGAUGGAUUCAUCACAAAAUUCUCCUUCCAAGCUAUGGGCUGGACACCUCAAAUGCAAAGGGACUUUAUAAUUAAAGAUUUGGGACCCAUUUUGGAGCAGAACUCCUUGGGUGACGUGAAAAUAAUGAUUUUAGACGAUUCCAGACUUCAGCUGCCAUAUUGGGCAGAACAGGUUUUCAGCAGUGAGGAGGCCAGGAAGUAUGUGGCAGGAAUAGCUGUCCACUGGUAUCAGGAUUUUAUAACCCCCACUGUGGCCCUCUCCAGUACCCACAAAAAGUUCCCUGAGAAAUUCAUACUGGCCACAGAGGCCUGCUCUGGGGCCAUGCCAUGGGAUGUUCCCAAAGUAGCUCUGGGGAGCUGGAAAAGAGGAGAGGACUAUGCUCAUGAUAUAAUACAGGAUCUGAACAGCUUUGUCAGUGGAUGGACAGACUGGAACAUAGCCUUGGACAUGGAGGGUGGGCCAAACUGGGUGAAGAAUUUUGUAGACAGUCCAAUUAUUGUCAAUUCCAAGAUGGAUGAAUUCUACAAGCAGCCCAUGUUUUAUGCCAUGGGACAUUUUAGCAAGUUUAUCAUGCCUGGAUCAUACAGAAUUGAACUAGUGCCCAGCAGCAGCCUCCCUAAAGAUGUUGAGACUGUUGGCUUUCUAAGACCAGAUAAAGCCAUUGUCUGUGUUUUACUGAACAGAUCUAGUCAGGAUAUUGUGAUGGCACUUAGAGAUCCCUCAUUAGGGUAUAUGAAUGUAGACUUAAAAGCCCACACUGUACUAACAGUUCUCUGGUGGUCAUCAUAGCACUUUGUACUUAUUGAAUAGUUUAUUUGUGAUAUCUUAAAAUGUGCAAUAUGACCUUUUGUAUAUUCCUUGGGAUUUCUAUUGAGAUGUAUAUUACAUAUGUUCCUUGGGAUUCCUAUUGAGAUGUAUAUUACAUAUGUUCCUUGGGAUUCCUAUUGAGAUGUAUAUUACGUAUAUUCCUUGGGAUUCCUAUUGAGAUGUAUAUUGCGUAUAUUCCUUGGGAAUUCUAUUGAGAUGUAUAUUCCAUGGGAUUCCUAUUGAGAUGUAUAUUACGUAUAUUUCUUGGGAUUCCUAUUGAGAUGUAUAUUACGUAUAUUCCUUGGGAUUCCUAUUGAGAUGUAUAUUACGUAUAUUCCUUGGGAUUCCUAUUGAGAUGUAUUAUAUUUUACAUGUUCCUUGGGAAUACUGUAGACAUGCUUUUUUCCGCGUGUUAUUAAUUUUCCGUGGAAAUUUGUCACAGCGUACUUUGUAAUCAUACAAAGCGUACUUUGUAGUCAUACAAAGAAUCUGUGUAAUUUUUUACCCGCGGAUUAAACUGAUAUUGUGAUUCUGCGUAAUUAUGAACCGGUGGAAAAAAGUACGUUUCCAGUACUAUUAAGAUGUAUAUUUUUAUAUUUAAGAAGCAUCACACAUUUUGAUUAUUAGAGACUGUAACUGUGAGAAAUACACUAUUUUACAAACUCA